CCAGGUAACCUAACCUUUAGAGCCAGGUAUCCUUAGCGGCUAAAGCUUUAUUAAUAGGGCAGGUAGGUAGUACCUAAGGUAGGUACCUCUGGCGGGGUGUACGAAAUACAACAAAUACCUACAACGUAAAAUCGUCACUUACAACCUUAACCUUGCAACAACGGCCGUUGGUUGGAUCAACGUUUAGGUACCUAUUCUUCUAUCCACAUCCACCGAAAGGUUGUUCAAGAUCCCAGCAAUUCAGGCUUGAGCAUCUUAAGCCCGCUAUGCACUUCCCACAAAAGCGUCCCAAUGUCCGCCAACAACGUCCCCAAUGGCAACUCCUCGGUGUCAGCAACGCAGAAAGCUUCCAAUAAGCUUUUAAAUAACAAUAGCCCUCCAUCGGCUUCCUCCAUCCACGAUGCCUCCACUCUUUCCGACGUUCGGGCUGGGCUAGCUGCUCUACAUGUGCGCGAGACCAGCAUAACUAAUCGCCUUAAUGCGCUUCUCUCCUCCCAAGUUGACCUAUCCCGCGAGCUAGGCCGGCUCGAUCUACUCCGCGCGAAUCUCGGCUCCCAAGUCAUCGCGACGAGAUCUAUAAGCAAUGGCAUGCUCUCUUCAGCUGCCGACACUGCAGGACGACUUUCCAGUCGGGUUAAGGAGCUCGACCUAGAAAAGGACAGAGUGCAGCAAACGUUGAAGGUGGUUGAACAGGUCGCGGAACUCAAAGCCUGCGUCCAUGGAGUGGUGGGUAGCAUGGGUGCUCCCCAGGACUGGGAAGCCGCAGCAGGUUAUAUAUCCCGAGCAAGCAAGGUACCAGAGCCGAUUAUACGCGGCCGCUUCGCAGCUGCUAUGGUGCCGAGCGUAGAGGUUCCCGACGCGCCUUGGAUAACACUUGAGAAUGCGAAAGAGAGCUUAUGUGGUCUAUUUCUACGAGAAUUCGAGAAAGCCGUCCAAGAAGGCGACGGCGCCAAGAUCACAAGGUUUUUCAAGCUAUUCCCUUUAAUAGGGAGAGGAGAUGUUGGACUAGACGUAUAUGGGCGAUACGUAUGUCAAGGUGUUGCAGGCACAGCUAGAGCAACACUCAAGGCAACGCCUGGCGACGCUGGGAAAAGAGACGGGUUCUUUUAUGCCAACGCACUCACGAAGCUUUUCGAACAUAUCGCCCAGAUUGUCGAGAGUCAUGGUGGACUCGUAGAGAGGCACUACGGGGAAGGCAAAAUGGUUAAAGUCAUAGAGAGACUUCAGAUGGAGGCUGACGUGCAAGGUGGCAUUAUUUUGGAUUCGUGGGGCGAUGAGAGAAACGUCGAUAGGAAACUUACCGACGCAAAAAGUUAUCCAUUUUCCUUCUUAGUGCAGAGCUUCUUACCUCCGCAGAGGACCCUAACGGGCACUCCACGUAUGAAUUCUCCGGCAUUAGGCGGUGGUACCAAUGCACGGAAUAGCGAGGACGAAGGCGUAGACAUGAAAGAAGUAGAUGCUCUACUUAGCGAGAUCUCUAUCAUGCUCGGCCGUUGGUCGUUAUACUCAAAAUUCCUCGCUAGCAAAUGCAGAAAUGCGGAUACCCCUGAAGAAGCACCUCUAACAAUACCUGAGGUGGUCACAAAAUCUAACCUCGGUCGAAAGAUCGCAUCAAAGCUAACUUCGCCUUACAACUCGUUGGCUUUGUUCUUUUUUAGGAGAUCUGUUGAAAAGGCUUUUCAACUUGACGAAUCGCCCACCGGCCUCUCUCUUAAUAUGAGCAAGCCUAUCGAUGGAAAUGCUCCUUACAUUAUCUCGGCCGUGGACGAUGUCAUGUAUAUCGUCAGUACCAUAAUCCAAAAAGCUCUGUCGACAGCACAACGUGACGUAGCUGGCUCGGUAAUUCCUGAUGUCGGGAGAGUAUUGGGGUCUGAUUUUAUUGGAAUGGUCCAGAGAAGGAUGCGAGAUGAAUCGUAUCCGCAGCCAACCGUCCAAGGGGGACUCCCGCCUGAAAGCAAGAUCAUUUCCUUCAUCAUACUCAUUAACAGUCUAGAUGUCGCAAAAGACUAUCUAGAUCGCAUCAUUACAUCACAACUAGGCACUUCCCCCGAUCAACCUAAUGGGGCCACCGAGUCUAGCCCUCUUGCCGCGUCCUUCCCAUUCGAGCACGAUGUUACGUUCGUAACUUCGGCACUUAACACAUUACAUUCCACGUUCGCCCUUAAGACUGGUGAACUGAUAUCUGAUGCUUUGAGGGUCUUGUUCUCCGCGGUCAUCAAGCAAAGAUUAAAACCAGUACUAGUGGAAACGUUCCGCGAUGCUGAUUAUUGGCGCUCCGAAGACGAGCUGGCAGAACUUGCGCGGCAGAACGAUGAAGACGAAGAUGAAAUAAUAGACCGCGUGCACCGAAGAUUUGAGAACGGAUGGGACGCUUUGAUGAAACCUAUUGCACGAAUAAUGACUCCUAAAACAUUCACGGCGCUCAUGGAUCUUACAGCGACGGAUCUAUCUAAGACACUCGAAAAAAGGGUGUGGAGUUACAGCGGGAAGACCAGCGCGUACGGCGCAAUACGAAUGGAGCGGGAUUUCUCGGGUAUCAUUAGUACUGUUUCAAGAGGUAACUACGCUGUUAGGGAGCUGUUUGCGAGGAUAUCGCAGAUACUUAUGGUGGCUAAUAUGGAAGAGGAGGAGUGGGAAGAGCUGGUUAACGACGAGGACGAGGACGCCAUCCAAUGGGUCCUCAACGAAGACGAGAGGCGAAGAGCUAGAAACUUGGUGAAGGCUUGAUGAUAGAGGAUCCUCAUAGCCUCUGGAUUUAUAAUGUGUGGCGAGCGAAGGAUUAUGCGUCGGGUUUGUAAAAAGUCGUAAUAACCGGACAUA